UGAAGAGGUUGGGGACUGUUGAGUUGGUGAGAGUAACUCGGAGUGGAUUAGUGAUGAUUUAUUGCCCUCUGGACCACAUGAUUAGGGACAAGAAAUGUGACUUGCUUUGCUCUCUGGAGCAGGGCGCCAUUGAAAGGAGUAACAACGAGGGUGGUAUUAUGUGUUGAGGAGGAUCAGAAUAAAUGGAAGAUUCCCGGUGUCUGUGAUGCCUGCCGUUUGGUGUGACACAGAUCCGUUGGAGAGGGUGGGGAAACGGAGAAGACAAUGUCUGUCCUGCUGAGUUUUGAUGUAGAGUCUUUGCCGGACAAGGUCAAGAGCAGGAAGCUGUGCAGCGCAUGCAGACCAGAGCUCUGGAGAGAAACAUGAGGUUGAACCAAUGAGGGGCCUUCUUUGUUCUGGACAGGGUGUUUGGAAACCGAAGGCUCUAUUUUUGACCUUCCUCUUUUUAAUUUCCUCACCGAUCGCCUUGAGCAGGGAAAGGCAGUGCCUCUUCAUAAGCGGCAGACAAAAGUAUUUGGUCAAGUCUUUUACUCGAACUCAUUCUCCUCUUCCUGUGGCAGACCAGCAUGGCCAAAUAGGACACAUUAGGCCAAGGUCACAAUCCAGCAAACACCCUCUUUCCUUUAUAAACUCUGGUAUCAACUAAUUAUUCUUCAUGUUUGUUACAUGUAUAACUUGUCAGUAAUUUUAAGUGUACCUUCCCUCUGGCUGGAACAACAGGGAGAUUCCUGAUAUAUUUGCUGAAUGUGUCUGGUGCUUACCCUCGACUCCAGAAUCACUGACGAAGUAUAUUCACGGAGCAGUGGUGCCAACACAUCAACACUGGACUGCCUUUUACCCAGGGCACUGGCUCAAACAGUCCAGUCAUGCUCUUCAAGAGGAAGUUGUGCCUGUUUGCUCUGUUUGGUGGGAUUCUCUUUGUCAUGAUUGCCACCCACACCAUUCAGAAGAACAACAUCCUGUCUAUGACUUUGAUGGAGACCCAUGCCACCUCCAGGACUGUGCAAGUUCACGCUGUUAACCGAACAUGGGCUCCACCGAGUGCCACUGUGCCCAGCCCGGACAGGAUAUGUGGGUGUCCGUCCUGCAUAGCGGACAUGGAGGUCUCGGAGUGGUUCGCUCAGCACUAUGACCCCCAGCAGCAGCCCUUUCUCACAGACGGAGACAACAACAUGGACCCCCUGGCCCUGAAGUGGUGGCUGGCUUUGCAGCGGUCCACCGAUGAGCGAACGAUAUACGAGGUGGUCCAGAAGAUGUUCCAGGUCAUCGCUCCCCCUGCCGUGGAUGUCCAACCCAAACAAGCUCAGUGCAGGAAGUGUGCAGUGGUGGGGAACUCAGGAAACCUGCUCGGCUCUCAAUACGGCUCCUUGAUAGACUCACAUAACAGUGUCAUAAGGAUGAAUAAAGCCACCACAGCAGGGUUUGAAGCCGACGUGGGCAACAGAACGACGCACCACUUCAUGUACCCUGAGAGUGCAGUGGACAUCGCCCCUGGGGUCCACCUCGUUCUGCUGCCCUUUAAACUCCGCGAUCUACAGUGGGUGGCCAGUGCCCUUUCGACAGGAGAGAUCAAAGCGACAUACAUGAGGGUGAAAGGUCGAGUACAGGCUGACAAGAACAGGGUUAUAGUGGUGAAUCCAGCGUUCUUUAAGUACACCCACGACCGGUGGACAGAGCGCCAUGGCAGAUACCCUUCCACGGGCAUGCUGGCCGUUAUAUUUUCCCUUCACAUCUGCGAUGAGGUGUCUGUGUUUGGCUAUGGAGCUGACCAACAGGGGAACUGGCACCACUACUGGGAGGACAACAAGUAUGCUGGUGCGUUUAGGAAAACUGGGGUGCACAAUGCUGAUUUUGAGACGGAGGUUAUCCAAAAGCUGGACACAGAGGGCAAAAUUAAGCUGCACAAGAGAUGAGAAUGAGCAAGGGUGGUGUGUACAGGAUGAAGCCAUUAGUGUUGGGCGUGGUGGUCAGAGACCGUCGAAGAGGGACAUGAAACCUGUGAUGCUCCCUGGUCACUGAAACUAGCACUGUGAGCUACACAUACAACCAAAACCACAAACAGAAGUCCUCAGACCAAAACAAGAACUUGAAUCAUGUCAUUUGAGCAUGCGCUGCAUGUCAACAGCAUUAUAAAUGUCUGAAAAAAAACAACAUUUUAACAGGGACGGAAAACCUCCACACAUGCACGUUUUAGACGGAUCAUGAAAACGAACACAGUAUGCGGAGCGGCUUACGCUGAGCCAGCUUAUUUCGUUUCUUCCCUGUUCUGUACCGAACUAACAUUAUACUGAAGAACCCUUCAAGAACCUGAGAGCCUUUGACUGAAGGGGUAAACCACAGAAUCCGCAUUAAGGACAGAAGCCCUGUGUUGCAAGGGUGUAAAAACCACAUCUGCGUGUAUUUUUCUUCUUUGUGAGGAUGGAUUAGGGCACAGUUGGACUCAAAUUAAUUCAAGAAUUUAUACUGCAUUGGAACUAUAAGGAUUGGUUUAAUGUCUCUGUAGAAACAGUUUUGAGCUGCCAUAGUAGUCAAUUAAACCAUAUUAAUGUACAGCUUUCACACCCAAUUAUGUUGCCUAUUAUUAUGUUGCUCUUAACUUGAUCUAAUAACGUAGAUGAUGGAAAUUUCACUUGUGUUGCCAUCCCAAGGAAUACAAAUUUUGAAUGCUGUGUAAGGAGGGAACACACGAUGUGGUCAUUAACAGUCUGCUUAAUGUUGCAUUAUGAUACCACAUUCUUGUUUUGGGGGGGGCUAGCCAGAUGUCUUUGAUUAAUUUCUAAAAAAAAGAAUGAACGGUUUAAUUAGAGAGAUUCCAGUGAUGUGCCUUCUGAGCCAGUUUAACAGGGAGUUUUGAUAUAACUUUUUUUAUAUGGAUGUGUGAACCUUUGUGUCAAUUCGCUGUUAUUCGCUGUUAUCCGAGUUUGAUCUAUGACCACUGGUAGACAGUUGUGACCCGAUGAGUAAAAAUGAAGACCUUCAAUUAAAACCAGAAACGAUCAAUGCAACUUUAAUAUCAUCAUUCACGAAACAUUAAGUUUUAAAUAAAAUCUCAAAGCCAUUUAGGAUUUUUUAAAUAAAAGUAAAUUGGUACCCAAUACAGUACUUUUAAUAAAACCAUACCUUUUGUAUUUGUGACUAUGUGUGUGAUUGACUAUGAUCAAGCUGUGGUGUCUUUAAAAAUUAAAUAAAAGCUGAACAAUCACCA